AUGGUCGGGCAAACGCGAAGUAAGCUCAAGGAAGCGGCUCCCGAGCCGGCGCGCUCCUCCCGCGGCGCGCAGCCCGGGCGGCGGCGCCGGGCCACGGGAGCCGGGGAGCCCGAGAUGGAGGAGCCGCCGGCGGAGGCGGAAAAGCCGCAGCCUCCUCUGCCCGUAGGCGGGGGCGGGAACCUGCCGGGGGGCUCCCGGGACUACUCGCCCUACUCGCCGAGGAGGCCCCGAAACCUGAACCCGCAGAACUGCAUGCAAAUGGAAGUGGUCGCCAAGACCCUUCUUGUCGGCCGCUUCCAGUUCCUGAGCUGUUUGCUGGAGCAGCUCCGCGACAGGGUGCAGCAGUUGCGGAGGCGCCAGGUGGGCAGCAGGACCUCCGUCGGCAUAGCUGCCUUUGUGGGAUUUUUGCACUGGAUACAUCUAGUAACACUUUUUGAAAAUGAUCGUCAUUUUUCUCACCUUUCAUCUUUAGAACGGGAGAUGACUUUUCGAACUGAAAUGGGACUUUAUUAUUCCUACUUCAAGACCAUUAUUGAAGCACCUUCAUUUUUGAAAGGAUUGUGGAUGAUUAUGAAUGACAGGCUCACUGAAUAUCCCCUUGUAAUUAAUACAGUGAAACGCUUCCAUCUUUAUCCAGAGGUGAUUAUAGCCUUCUGGUAUCGCAUAUUUGUGGGAAUAAUGAAUUUAUUUGGACUGGAAACUAAGACCUGCUGGAAUGUCACCAGAGUAGAACCUUUAAAUGAAGUUCAAAGUUGUGAAGGAUUGGGAGACCCUGCUUGCUUUUAUGUUGCUGUGAUUUUUAUUUUAAAUGGAAUAAUGAUGGGAUUGUUCUUCAUAUAUGGUGCAUACCUGAGUGGGACUCAACUUGGAGGUCUAAUUACAGUAUUAUGCUACUUUUUCAACCAUGGAGAGGCUACCCGUGUAAUGUGGACACCACCUCUCCGGGAAAGUUUUUCAUAUCCGUUUCUUGUACUUCAGAUGUGCAUUUUAACUUUGAUUCUCAGGACCUCCAACAAUAAUAGAAGGCAUUUUAUUGCACUCUGUCUUUCCAAUGUUGCUUUUAUGCUUCCCUGGCAGUUUGCUCAGUUUAUACUUUUUACACAGAUAGCUUCAUUAUUUCCCAUGUAUGUUGUGGGGUACAUUGAGCCAAACAAAUUUCAGAAGAUCAUUUAUAUGAACAUGGUUUCAGUUCUCCUUUGUUUUGUGUUGAUGUUUGGAAAUCCAAUGUAUUUAUCUUCUUAUUAUUCUUCAUCUUUGUUAAUGACAUUGGUGAUAAUUCUGAAGAGAAAUAAAAUUCAAAGAUUGGGAGUAUCUGAACUCAACUUUUGGCUGAUUCAAGGUUGUGCUUGGUUGUGUGGAACAGUUAUUUUGAAAUUUCUUACAUCUAAAAUCUUAGGUGUAUCAGAUCAUAUUCGGCUGAGUGACCUUAUAGCAGCCAGAAUCCUAAGGUAUACAGAUUUUGAUACCUUAAUUUACACCUGUGCUCCUGAAUUUGACUUCAUGGAAAAAGCGACUCCCUUGAGAUACACAAAGACAUUAUUGCUUCCGGUUGUUAUGAUGAUUACUUAUUUUAUCUUUAAAAAGACUUACCGUGAUAUUUUAUGUGUCUUAUCUGCAAACACUUAUCAAAGAAAACAGCUCCUUGAACAUGGUGAGCUGAUUUUUCAUACAUUGCAACUGUUAGCAUUCACUGUUCUUGCCAUUUUAAUUAUGAGGCUGAAGUUGUUUUUAACACCCCACAUGUGUGUUAUGGCUUCCUUGAUAUGUUCUCGACGGCUCUUUGGCUGGCUUUUUUGCAGAGUUCGCUUUGAGAAUGUUAUCUUUGGCAUUCUAGCAGUAAUGUCCAUACAAGGUUGUACAAACCUCCAUAAUCAAUGGAGCAUAAUAGGAGAAUUUAAUAAUUUGCCUCAGGAAGAACUGAUACAAUGGAUCAAAUACAAUACCAGACCAGAUGCUGUUUUUGCAGGUGCCAUGCCUACGAUGGCCAGUGUCAAGCUGUCUACCCUUCACCCCAUUGUGAAUCACCCACAUUACGAGGAUGCAGACUUGAGGGCCCGGACAAAAAUAGUUUAUUCCACAUAUAGUCGAAAAUCUGCAAAAGAAGUGAGAGAUAAAUUGUUGGAGUUACAUGUGAAUUAUUAUGUUUUAGAAGAGGCGUGGUGUGUUGUGAGAACUAAGCCUGGUUGCAGUAUGCUGGAAAUUUGGGAUGUAGAAGACCCUUCCAAUACAGCGAACCCUCCCUUAUGUAGCAUCUUGCUCAAAGAUGCGAGGCCUUACUUCACCACAGUAUUUCAGAAUAGUAUGUACAGAGUAUUAAAGGUUAACUGA